AUGGCGGAUUUAGAUGAAAGUGCGCAAGAUAGCUUGCUUGACGCAGCUCUUCAUACAUCAAAGGACGACGAUGCUGUUUUAGGAGAUAUUUCUGGAGUGGAUCCUACAGUAGACGACUCAUUGGAAGAUCCGGUAACCUUGAAGUUUGCAUAGCAUGGUGUUGCUUACGAUAUCUUCUAUUCAAUGAGUUUAAAGGGUCGCCGCCAUUUUUUGGUUAUAACUUCUGAGCGUUGUUUUCUUUGUUACUUGUGAGUCGACAGUGUCCAUCGGUAACAAACUGAGCUAGCUAAUUUUAUUGUCUAUUCAAGUUUUAGAGAAACUUAGCCACUUAGCCCAAGAAGAGCUCUAAAUUACCUUUAAGACGAAUGUAUUUGUUACUUCAAUUUGUAGUUUUUUAGUGUGCACUUGACCUGAGGUCCAACCUCACGCGUUAACAAUCUCUUGUGUUUGCUGCAAAUAUAGCUCUAAGAAUUUCCUAGGACCACAUCAGUUUGAAGAGAGGAAAAGGAAAUAGUUUUCAGAGAGCAAAUCUCAAGGAAAACUGUAAGCUUUGAUUUUAGGAACAGACAAGUUGGCUACCACCAAAACUCUUUUUUUUAUCUAGGGAAUAUCAUUCAGGGAGUAUUUUUGUUUAGAAAAGAUUUGGCUUGGGCACAUUCAGUCUUGUGUAGUGUUUACACCAAUCACCCUCAAGCAAAAAUAUUUAAUGGACUAAUGAAACCAACAUCUCUCUUUGUAAGCUUUGUUAACUGUUUUAGAAUAUAUACUGGGUAGUUUUAGUUCCUCUAGUUAUUUUACAAAUUAUCUGUGGUGGUACAUUGAAGGAACUUGAAGCCAUUAAAGCAAGAGUUAAAGAAAUGGAAGAAGAAGCAGAAAAGUUAAAAGAGAUGCAGAAACAAGUUGAAGAAUCCAUAAUGAGUCCCACAGUUGGACAAUCAACAUGUAAGAUUCAGUUAGAUUUUGGUUUCCCUCCUCCCUCCCCCCUACACCAACUUUCUUAAAACAGGUAUGAGUGGGUAUGAAUGUUUAUUUGGAAGAACUUUUAAGGUUGUUCAUAGUGUUCUUGAAGAUUGUUAUCAAGUAAGAGUUCUCUGCUACAAUGAGAGGAACCUUUUAAGUCCAAUUAGAAUUGGAAAGAUGGUUAAUUUUGAGCUGAUAUUUCUCUAACUCAGUGUUAUGGGUCCCACUCAGUUGCAUUCAUACUGCAUUUUCCUUAUCUGCUUGUUAUGUCCUCUUUCCCUCUUUAAUUAAUGGUUGCCUCUUUUUUUGAAGUCCCAAAAACAAUUGAAGAAAAAGGUGAAAUUGAUGCAAGAUCAGUUUAUGUGGGGAAUGUAAGUAAAAUUAUAAUAGUGAGAAAUUCGAAAGAAUUUUUUAACUGUGUAUUAGCCCCAGCAGAAACCUUAUAUGGCCUAAAUUUAAUUCAAUUUUCCCAUGUUAGUCACCAAUAUGUAACAAAACAUCUUUUACCAUCAGUUAUUGCCUUGUAAGUUUACUGAAACUAGCACUGAAGUGUGAGAAGUUUACUACGACAUUCAGAUUUGCUUGUGUUUGUUACCCUUCAUCCAUGCACCAGUUCUAUACCAUAAAAAAUUUAAAUGUUCUCACAUCAACUUCUUUUAUGCUUUUUUAGGUUGAUUAUUCUGCAACAGCUGAGGAAUUAGAGCAGCAUUUUCAUGGAUGUGGCUCUGUUAACAGAGUCACGAUUCUUUGUGACAAAUUUACUGGACACCCUAAAGGGUUUGUGAUGUCUUUGUGAAAGUGUGUUUUGAACUUUGUGGUCAAAUAUUGUUAAGCUUGUUAAUAAGACUGAUGUACAUAGGUGUAAGAGAUUACCUUGCAUUUGGAAGCAUUACAUAAGUAUUAAUACAACUCUCUGCGGAGGGAAGUCUGUUAAAGGUAACCACCCCUCCUGCAAGCAAUUUUGCUAGUUUCUUAACUUUUCACAUUCGUAGUUUUUGUGUAGAGCAGAACAAAGAGUAAGGUUUUUUGCUCAAGAAGACAGCUUAACAAUAGGGCCAGGGUUUGAGCUUAAGUUUUGGCCAGUGUUCUAACCAAAGGAUCUCUGAGUACUAACAGUUGUAUAACUUGCUGCUAGGUUUGCAUAUAUUGAAUUUGCUGACAAGGAAAGUGUUGAAAAUGCAGUAACCAUGGAUGACUCCUUGUUCAAAGGAAGACAGAUCAAGGUACAUUUUCCAGAUACCACCAGAUUUAUAAGUACACCCUUGCUUAGCUGGAUAGUUUGAUUUUGAUGAAGUGUUAAUUUGUUAAAAAUUCUUGUCAUUUUGUUGUCCAAGGUAAAUCCUAAAAGAACAAAUCGCCCUGGUAUCAGCACAACAGACAGAGGAUCAUCAAGGGGAAGGGGAAGAGGGCGUGGCUUCAGAGGAGGACUGUACAACCCUUAUGCAAAUUUCAUGCCCAGACCAAGGGGUAGAGCUAUGUUUAGGUCAGUGAUGUUUUCAUUUUGGUGCUGGUGCAACCCAUUUAAUUCCAAUAGUGAUCAGUGUUAAAGAACUCCUGGCAAUGACAGGGAUUACUGCUUAGAAAUAACACCAAGUUCUAAGAAACCCUAGUAAAUAGAAAAGUAUAGUAUUUAGUGAAUGCAUGGUGAUAAGUGAGACUGUGUCAUUGUAAGUUUAAAGCCAUCUUAGAGUAUUUAAAUGCUGGCUUUAUUUAGACCUUGGUGUGAUUGUCUUGCCUAAGUAGGAACUUCAUUUGGACAGGUAUAUCACUUAUAGCUCAAAGCUAGUUUAUGAAAAUAUUCUUUUUUCUCAGAGACAUAAUUGUUUUUUUUUUCCUUUUAUAGGGGCCGUGGAAGGGCAUACUGGUAUUCUCCGUAUUAACAACUGUCCAAAGACAACACUCAUUCCCACAUUAUAUUUUAAGUGUCUGUUUUUAUAUGCUUUGAAUUGCUCUGUUUUUGCAUAUUUUGACAAAGUUCAGGUAUUUUUGUCUUCACAGGUUUCUUGGCAAUUCUCAAGGGACCACUCUAUUUGGUUAAAAUGAGAGCCUUGCUCAGCCUGCUUACCUAAUGGAUAUAUUCCAGAGUAGGUAUAGUGACUUGGAAAGCUCUUUCAAUUAAGACAGACUGUGGUGUAAAAAAAAAAAAAGUUAAAAUAUAGGAAAGGAAAAAAGUUUUUGAGAACAUUAAAGAAAAAACAAAACUUUACUUGAGGUAGAAAAAAAAAAGACAAUGAGCUGUUUAAGACUGAGAAAAGAAGAAUCAAGGAAACAGUGAACAGCUGAGUAACUAGAGAGAGAGAGAGAGAAAAAAAAAUACAGAUAGACACUUUUUUAUGUUGUUAUGAUUAGUAAAUGUAUUGGACCAGCAUUCAGCCUUAC